AUGCUGGAUUUUUGUCCUAGUGAAUUUUUAGGAAAUUUAAACACUAAUUGCGAGUUUUGGGAUAAUGGCUGUCGGGAAGUGAUAAAAUUAGAGGACCUCAUUCAACCCAACGCCAUCUGUGAGCACAAUGAGGCAAACCGUCCGAAAACGUGUGACGUAUGCUAUUGUGACAAAACACGUGAUCACGACUGCGUUAAAGCACUACUCGUAGCCAAGUGUAGCGCGAAUUUCGAAAUAGAUUUUUUACGAAAAACGGUAACAGAUAUGGAAAGUGAGAAAGAUUAGUUUUUGAAAACCAUCCAGCAAAUUUCAAACGAUACUGGUGAUAAAAUGUUGGGACAAAUAAAACAAUUACGUAUUAAUAAUGAAAAACUUAGAGUUUUAAUAAUGUCUGGAUUAUUGUAUGAUGACGAUGCCAAAAUGAAGUUAUUAAAAUUAUUAUUAAACAAGGUGAUUGACGGGAAUUGCAAAAAUAAAGACGAUGUUUUAGAUAUUUUGAAUGAACUGGCACAUAUUAAAUAUAUAAGGCAAAUAUCGCGAGAUUUUAAUGCAGUUGUCAAAUUGUUCUCGGUUAUUGAUGAAACAAUUCGUAGUAAUACAUGCGAUACGGUAUUGCUUAAAGUUUGGAAAGUAUUGUUUAGUUUAACAGAUGAAAAUUCUGGCAACUCAUGCGAGCAGUUUAUGACAAAUAAUGG